AACUUCAUACUAUUCUACAUAACUUGAAGGGCAUCGGGAGUUUGUCAUAAUUUUAAUCAAUUUAGCUCAAUUUUAAAUUUUACAUCAAAUAUGUCAGCCUUACCUGCUCCCGUCAACGUUCACCCAGUGAUUAAGUUUGGAAGAUGGAGUUUACUUAUUGCUGGUAUCAUUUAUGGUGCAGCAAACCACUCUAGAUUCUCAAGAAAAGAAGCUAAUCUUCGAGCAGAGGAAGAAAAACACAGAGUAGCAAAGGAAGCUAAAUUAGCUGCUGAAAAGGAAGCUAGAGCAAAACAAGAAAUUGCAGAUCUUGCUGCCUUAGCGGGUGGAAAAUUAUAAAUUAAAGUUAAAGUGUAAUCAUGAUUUUUAUUUCAUCGUAUAGUGUAUAUCAUUAAAA